CUGGAGUGCGGCUGCGCGCGGCGCUGUACGUUGUCGAGUGACGCGUUUUGUCAAGAGAACGACGGACAGAGAGAGAAAGAAGAUCGGUGAAAAGUGAGCUCGGUGCAGGGGAGGGGCAGCAGUACCCUUGUAGCUCCUCCACACAGACUGAAAGCAAACAAGCGUGCCCUAAAAACGACCCAAAUCAAACGGAUCGGUGAUCGGCCACUGCAACGGAUUCGGACGGUUAUUCGAUUCAGCCUCGUCCGACUCGACUCGGUUGGAUUCGAUUAGUCGCGCCGCAUCACCAGCCCAGAGGCCGCCGAAACAACCCCAUCGCCAUUAUAUGAUCCACUUCCCAGCGUCGCUGCUGCCCUCCAUGUGGGUGAGGGACCUGUGCGUGUCGGACUAUGGCGAGAAAAACAGUUAGCAGGAAAAGGAAAGCAGAGGAGCCCAAGGAACAACAGUUUGACUGGUGUCAGUCUGCGAUUAAGCGUGCCCGCGUGUCCAGCUCAGCAUGUCAUGCCCAGCACUGGUGGCAGAGCCGGUGGUCAGUGGUGUGUUCUGUGAGAGGAAGGGAGUUCCGCCCACAACAGCAGCAUGAGUGGAGCUUUCAGCGGAGUCUGCGCGGAUUCGCUGCUGGACGCAUCCCAGGAAUCCUCAGAGAGAGAGAGUUCGCCCUUGGCCGCCUCAACAAGGUGUUCGCUUCCCAAUGGCUCAACCACAGGCAGGUGGUGUGCGGGACCAAAUGCAAUACGCUAUUUGUGGUGGACGUCCUCUCGGGACAGAUAACAAGGAUACCCAUGCUGAAAGACAGAGAGGGCAGGGGAGAGGUUUCCCAGGGUUUGAGUGGAGGUGGAGGCCAUUUCCCCUUCCACAAUCCAGGAUCAGUCGGAGGCCUAGAUGUCCAGCAGGGGUGUGGCAUCCACGCCAUUGAGCUGAACCCCUCUCGUACUUUGUUGGCCACUGGAGGAGACAACCCCAACAGCUUGGCAGUGUACAGACUUCCCACACUUGACCCUGUCUGCGUAGGGGAUGAUGGACACAAUGACUGGAUAUUCUCCAUUGCGUGGAUCAGUGAUACCAUGGCAGUCUCCGGAUCUCGUGACGGUUCCAUGGGUCUGUGGGAGAUAUCAGAGGAGGUGCUGACUCAGGCUGAGAAGCGUCAGAAUGUGGAAGGUGUUCCUUGUUACUCCCACAUCUCUCACCGCGCUCUCAAGGACAUCCCGAAAGAGUACACCCACCCCUACAACUGCAAAGUGCGCGCACUGGCCUUCAACAACAGCCAUAAGGAGUUGGGUGCUGUUUCUUUAGAUGGAUAUUUCCAUCUGUGGAAGGCAGAAGACAACCUGUGCAAGGAGCUUUCUACCAAACUCCCUUACUGUAAGGAGAAUGUGUGUCUGGCAUAUGGGCUGGACUGGUCUGUUUAUGCAGUCGGCUCUCAGGCACACGUUUCCUUCCUUGACCCCCGGCAGUCAUCUCAGAACAUCAAAUCUGUGAGCUCCAGGGAGCGUGGCAGUGGUAUUCGCUCUGUGAGCUUUUAUGAACACAUAGUGACCGUAGGCACUGGCCAAGGCUCCCUGCUCUUCUAUGAUAUCAGGGCCCAGCGUUUUCUGGAUGGUCCAUCCAGCUCACCCGGCGGGUACCGGAAUCGCACUGCAGAGGGCAUCCUGAAACUCUCCACAGGAAGAGGAUGGCUGAAUCACGAUGACACGUGGAGAAGCUACUUUUCCGACGUUCGCUCCUUCCCGAAUGCCGUGUACACACACUGCUACGACGACUCCGGCACCAAACUCUUUGUGGCCGGCGGGCCCUUGUGUUCUGGCCUACAUGGAAACUAUGCCGGCCUCUGGAGCUAGCCUCCGUCAUCCCUCCAUUUCGCUCUCACGUACCAUGUGCUUAAAGGCCAUCUUCCGUUUUUCUUCCCAUUCAUUUUCACUUCCGGUUUAGCUUCUAUCCAAGAUUUUCCUCUAUUUCUCAAAGGACUCGGGAGCAUAGAUGUGAUUCUCAACUGUUUUUGUGCUUGUUCUUAUGUCUUUCAAUUUUCGUUUGCCUGUUGUACUCCUGCAUUCGCGUCUGUUUUUUGUGUGUAACCCUAACAGCAAAGAAAAAGAAAGAUCUCCUGAUCUCCUGGAGGAGUUCAUUUGAGUCCGGAAAGGAUGAAGGAGGUUUUAUCCUCUGUGCAUCAGCUGCCUGAACCUUUGAGAACUGUAGAAUAGUGUAAAAAUAUAUAUGAAAAUAUGUAACAGACUAUUUGGGCAUUACAUUUAUAUAUUUU